UUCUGGUCGACAUCGAAUUGAUUUAUUGAUUGAUUGAUUGGAAGAAAACAAAUUUUUUUUUUUUGAAAUUAGGUGUGGGAGGUUUUUUCUUCAGAGUGACAAUUAAAUUGUUUAUAUAUGCAAAUUCAAAACACCACCACCACCAGCAUGUAUUUAAAAAAUUAUCAUCAUAAUCAUCAUCAUCAUUAUCAUCAUCAUCAUCGACGAUUACAAUCAUCGAUAUCGUUAUGUAAUGAUCAUUUUAAUUCAUUAUCAACUAUUAUUAUUAAAAUGAUGAUUAUAGUGAUUAUAAUUACCAUAACAAUAAUAGUGGAGCCAAUUAUGGCUGCACCAAAAAGUAUUCCAUCACAAAACUUUGAUCUACCAAUUAGUAAAUGUAAUAAAACACAUGCUGAUCAAAAUGUACGUUGGUUAUAUUUUUUCGAUGAUCCCGAUAGGAUAGCGCCGGAUAAUGCAAAAUCAUUUGAACAAUUUUGCAAUCAAACAAAUCAAAAAGAAUUAUAUGUUAAAGAAUAUGCUCGCCGUUGUUUAGCAAAAUUUCCACGUCAAGUGACCAGUUUGCUUAUGUUUGGUAUCAUACGUAAAAAUAGACAAUUUUGUAGUAAAACAAAAUUACGUAAAGAAAUGAUACAUGCAGCACAUUGUUUGAAUACAAUAAAACGUAAAGGAUCCAAAUGUUUUUCACGUGCAAUACAGGAUUUUCUUAUUAUUAAACAUAUGGCCAUUUCUGGACGUGUUGGUAAAACUUGUUGUGUAUAUUAUGCAUUAGAAGAAUGUCUAGUGCAACAAGCCACAGAAACACCACAAUCAUGUAGUAGUGAAGAUGCACAAAUGAUUGAAAAUCUAAUUGAAGGUUAUACUGGCCAGGUUGUAUCGAGCAUCUGUCAAAAUUAUCCAAAAUCACAUGAUUCAUGUUCAAAAUUAUUGCAGAAAAAAGAAAUGAAUAAAUUGAAAAAAUUAAUUAUAAAUGAAAUGAAUAAAACGUAUUCAAUUCUGCCACCAUUAAUCGAUAUUUUGGAUAGUAUUCCACCAUGAAUCGAUGAAUCAAUGAAUCGUCGUCGACUAUCUUGUCAGCAUACACACACUGGUUAUAUUUUUUUUGUAUAUCAAUUUUUUUUUCAUAAUUUUCACCAGAAUCGAUGAAUUUUUUUUUGUUGUUAUCCACACACACACCCCCACACACACACACACACACACACAAAACCGGUCAAUGAAUUCGAUUCGUGCUAGCCAUACCAUACCAUUACAUUCAUUUUGUUGUGAUCAAUUUACAAGAAAAAAAAAUAUUCUACAUUUCAAUUAUCAA